AUGUCUCCCUCCGCAGAUAGCGCUGCGGCGCAAUGGCUUGAGCAAUUGGCUGCCAUGCGAGCAGCGAUCGCAGAUCUGAAGCUACCACAAACGAACGGACAAGUAGAUACCGAAGCCUACGGCUCCGACUUGGACUUGAACGAUGACGACCUCUCACCAGGUUCCGGAAGCGACGAUAUCUGGGACUUGAUCAGCGAGGAAGAAGAUGACACAUUCAGCGAGGAGAGCGCAGAUGUACCUGAAGUGGCGACGAUUGCUGCCGAAGCACAAGCAAAAGACGGGUCGCGAGACUGGCUACGGACCAAAUGCGAGAAUGUCGCGAGAAAGGGCAAUGGACUGGAUGCUUCUUCGCUAGAAGAGCAAAUCGUCGCUGUCCUCGCCUCCGACAGUGGAGACGAUGAGCUGCAGAUGACUCUGGCAGACGUUCUCGGCUUUGAGGAGUUGGACUUAGUCUCGGAUAUACUGAAGUAUCGAAAUUCGAUUCUUGUUGAACCUACAAGUCGUCCAUCUGGCUUGCUUUCCAAAGCCGAACGAAAUGCUCGUCUGCGGCAGGCCGAUCAGGAACACAAGAAUGCAUCUCUCGCACCUGCCCAGAACCGCUCUGCGGCGGAAUACCCACAUGUCUAUCGUGCUCACGGUGCCGGGAAUACUAUCUCCGCCUCUGGAUCAAAGUACUCUCUUCCCAUUGGAAGUCAGCGCUUCGAGCGGGAGAAGUACGAGGAGUAUAGCAUCCCAGCCGCAGCUGUCGGAACUCUUGGAAAAGGUCGCAAGCUUGUCGAGGUCGAUGAAAUGGACGGCCUCUGCAAGCGCACCUUCCGCGGCUACAAGUCCCUCAACAGGAUGCAGAGUCUGGUCUACCCCGUUGCAUACAACACCAGCGAGAACAUGCUGAUCUGCGCUCCCACUGGUGCCGGUAAGACAGAUGCUGCGAUGCUCACUGUGCUCAAUACGGUGGCGAAGAAUAUUCAUCCCAAUCCGAUCGAACAGCCAGACGCUACAGAGUUUACCGUGCAUACCGAUGACUUCAAGAUUGUGUAUGUCGCUCCGAUGAAGGCGCUGGCUGCCGAGAUUACUGGCAAGCUCGGCAAGAGACUGGCUUGGCUCGGGAUUCAAGUUCGAGAGUUGACUGGAGAUAUGCAACUCACCAAAGCUGAGAUCGUCCAAACACAGAUCAUCGUGACUACUCCCGAGAAGUGGGAUGUGGUGACUCGAAAGUCGACAGGUGACACGGAGCUGGUUCAGAAGGUCCGUCUGCUCAUCAUUGAUGAAGUUCAUAUGCUUCACGACGAGCGUGGUGCCGUUCUCGAAUCGCUGGUUGCUAGAACGGAGCGCCAGGUAGAAAGCACGCAGUCUUUGAUUCGGAUUGUUGGUUUGAGCGCCACACUGCCCAAUUAUGUCGAUGUCGCAGACUUCCUCAAGGUCAACCGAAUGGCCGGUCUGUUCUACUUUGAUCAAUCCUUCCGUCCAGUACCGCUGGAACAGCACUUCCUCGGCGUCAAGGGAAAGCCAGGUACCAAAGCCAGCAGAGAGAACAUCGACAACACCGCGUUUGAGAAAGUCAAAGAUAUGCUCGAACUCGGCCACCAAGUCAUGGUGUUCGUUCACAGUCGCAAAGACACCGUCAACACAGCGCGCAUGCUGUACGAACAUGCCAUGGAUGAAGGCUUGUCUGAUCUAUUCGAUGUCACAAAUCACGAAGGCUAUACUCAAGCUUUGAAAGACGUCAAGCAAUCGAAGGGUCGUGAGAUCCGUGAGCUUGUACAAAAAGGUAUGGGUACUCAUCACGCCGGUAUGCCACGCUCAGACCGCAACAUGAUCGAACGACUGUUCGCGGAAGGAGUGCUCAAAGUGCUGUGCUGUACGGCAACGCUUGCUUGGGGUGUGAACUUGCCCGCAGCUGCUGUCAUCAUCAAGGGCACACAGCUCUACAGCGCCGAAGCCGGUAAGUUUGUUGACCUGGGCAUUUUGGACGUGCUCCAAAUUUUCGGUCGUGCUGGGCGUCCGCAGUUCCAGGACACGGGUAUUGGCAUGAUCAUCACCACUCAAGACAAGUUGCAGCACUUCUUGACUGCUGUGACCCAACAACAGCCCAUCGAAUCGCAAUUCAGCAAGAAGAUGGUUGACAACCUCAACGCUGAGAUCUCUCUGGGCACUGUCACCAGCGUGCCGGAAGCCAUCACAUGGUUGGGAUACUCGUAUCUGUUCGUGCGUAUGAAGAAAAAUCCAAUCGCUUACGGCAUCGACUGGGCGGAAAUUGCGAACGAUCCCAACCUGGUCCAGCGAAGGCGAGAGCUCAUCGUCAAGGCAGCUCGGACACUGCAGACAAGCCAGAUGAUCAUUUUCAAUGAGACCACCGAAGAGCUCCGCGCCAAAGAUGUCGGUCGCAUCGCCAGCCAAUUCUACGUGCUGCAGACCAGUAUCGAAAUCUUUAAUACGAUGAUGCGACCUCGAGCGACUGAGGCCGAUGUGCUGAAGAUGAUCAGUAUGAGUGGCGAAUUCGACAACAUCACCAGCCGCGAGUCUGAGGAGAAGGAGCUCAUGCGAUUGAAGGACGACUUCGCACCAUGCGAUAUCGAAGGCGGAAUUGGAACUCAGCAAGGCAAGACGAAUGUCCUUCUCCAGUCCUACAUCAGCAAGGCCAAUCUCGAAGACUUCACCUUAGUGUCCGACACCAAUUACGUUGCGCAGAACGCAGCACGUAUCUGUCGUGCUCUGUUCAUGAUAGCGUUGAAUCGCCAUUGGGGAUACCAAUGUCUGGUCUUGCUCGGUAUGUGCAAAAGUAUUGAGAAGCGUGUCUGGGCAUACGAGCAUCCUUUCCACCAAUUCGACCUCCCACAGGCCGUACUUCGAAACCUAGACGAGAAGGGAAGCACUUGCUCAAUCGAGUCACUCCGGGACAUGGACCAAGCCGAGAUUGGUAGCCUUGUCCACAACCAAAGAAUGGGCAACACAAUCGGCAAGCUUCUGGAUAACUUCCCGACCGUGACUGUUGAGGCUGAGAUCGCGCCUCUCAACCGUGAUGUUCUUCGAGUGAAGCUCUUCAUUACGCCAGAGUUCAGAUGGAACGACCGCCACCACGGUAGGAGCGAAAGCUACUGGAUCUGGGUGGAGAACUCCGAGACGAGCGAGAUCUAUCACCAUGAGUUCUUCAUUUUGAGCCGAAGGAAGCUCUAUGAUGAUCACGAACUGAACUUCACAAUACCUCUAACGGAUCCUCUGCCCAGUCAGAUCUAUGUCCGCGCUGUGAGCGAUCGCUGGCUGGGCGCAGAGACCGUGACGCCGGUGUCUUUCCAGCAUCUGAUCCGCCCAGAUACUGAGAGUGUCUACACGGAUCUCCUCAAUUUGCAACCUCUACCCGUGAAGGCGCUCAAGAACCCACUCCUGGAGGAAAUCUAUGGUCAGCGCUUCCAGUUCUUCAAUCCCAUGCAGACUCAACUCUUCCACUGCAUGUAUCACACGUCCGCAAACGUGCUGCUCGGGUCUCCCACAGGAUCUGGAAAGACCAUUGCUUGUGAAUUGGCAAUGUGGUGGGCUUUCCGAGAGAAGCCAGGGAGCAAAGUUGUCUACAUCGCACCCAUGAAGGCUCUCGUUCGUGAGCGAGUGCAAGACUGGAGUAAGCGAUUGACUCGCCAGAUGGGUCUCAAGCUAGUCGAGCUGACUGGUGACAACACUCCCGACACGCGCACCAUUCGUGACGCAGACAUCAUCGUUACCACACCCGAGAAGUGGGAUGGUAUCAGUCGUAGCUGGCAGACUCGAAGCUAUGUCCAACAAGUCAGCCUGGUCAUCAUCGACGAGAUACAUUUGCUUGGUGGAGAUCGUGGUCCAAUUCUCGAGAUCAUCGUCAGUCGCAUGAAUUACAUUGCCUCGCAAAAGAAAGGUUCAGUUCGUCUGGUGGGAAUGUCGACCGCCUGUGCCAACGCUAUGGAUCUGGGCAACUGGCUGGGAGUGAAGGAGGGUUUGUUCAACUUCCGCCAUUCGGUACGUCCUGUGCCGCUGGAGAUAUUCAUCGAUGGCUUCCCGCAUCAGCGUGGAUUCUGUCCGUUGAUGCAGAGCAUGAACCGUCCGACGUUCCUUGCGAUCAAGUCGCACUCUCCGGAUAAGCCGGUCAUUGUUUUCGUGGCAUCGCGAAGACAGACCAGGCUGACAGCGAGGGAUCUGAUCAAUCUUUGCGGUAUGGAGGAUAACCCGAGACGGUUCAUGAAGAUGUCGGAGGAGGAUCUCAAUUUGAACCUGGCGAGAGUGAAGGACGAUGCUCUCAAGGAGGCGAUGAGCUUUGGUAUUGGACUGCAUCAUGCUGGUCUUGUCGAGUCGGAUAGAUCACUCGCAGAGGAGCUGUUCGCCAACAACAAGAUCCAGAUCUUGGUCGCCACCAGUACGCUCGCUUGGGGUGUCAAUUUGCCAGCGCAUCUUGUCGUGGUGAAAGGCACGCAAUUUUUCGACGCCAAGAUCGAAGGGUACAAGGACAUGGAUCUCACGGAUGUGCUGCAAAUGCUGGGACGAGCGGGUCGACCGCAGUUCGACACGUCCGGUAUUGCCAGGAUUUUUACACAAGAUUCAAAGAAGGCUUUCUAUAAGCAUUUCUUGCACACCGGCUUCCCAGUCGAGUCGUCGUUGCAUAAUGUUCUGGAUAAUCACUUGGGCGCUGAAGUGUCUGCUGAGACGAUUGCGACCAAGCAAGAUGCUCUGGACUACCUGACGUGGACGUUCUUCUUCCGCCGCUUGCACAAGAAUCCUUCUUACUACGGCCUGGAGAUCUCUGCGGAAGAGAACAAUACCAUCGCUGCUCAGCAGGCUGCCAACGACUACAUGAUCGAGAUGGUAGACAAAUCGCUCGCGGAGUUGGCCGAGUCGAAAUGUAUCGCCAUCCACAGUAAUGGCGAUGUCGACCCGACUCCGCUCGGCAAGAUUAUGAGUUACUACUACCUCGCUCACAAGACGAUCCGGGCGUUGACACUGCACGCAACGCCCAAGUCGACAUUUGAGGAUGUAUUGUCCUGGAUGUGCCGUGCCACUGAGUACGACGAGCUGCCCGUCCGUCACAACGAGGAUCUCAUCAAUGCGGAGUUAUCGAAUAACCUGCCGCUAAAGGCCGACAAGUUCGACCUGCCGAUGUGGGAUCCUCAUGUCAAAGCUCAGCUUCUUCUCCAAGCCCACUUCUCACGCAUCGACCUGCCAAUCAGCGAUUACGUCGGCGAUCAAAACUCUGUGCUCGAUCAAGCGAUCCGUAUCAUCCAAGCCAGCAUCGAUGUCCUGACCGAAAUGGGCUACCUGGAAAGCUGCAAGAUGAUGAUUACUCUCUUGCAGUGCGUCAAGUCAGCUCGCUGGCCUGAUGAUGGACCUCUUGCGAUCUUUCCAAGUGUGGAAUCGGAGAAAGAGAAGAGGCGCUUGGAGAACCCAAAAACCACUUUGAACACUUUGGUCGAAGUAACCAAUGCACCGCGAGCUGCCGUUGAAGAAGCACUUCGUCAAAUUGGCGUUCCGAACCCAGCUCAUGCGAGAGUCUUCAAAGCUUUGUCGCAACUUCCACAACUCCGCGUCCACUGCGCCGAUGUCAACCCCACAGGUCUCGUCGUGAACCUCAACCGUCUCAACCCAUCUCAAGACCGCGACCAUCGGAUCUAUGCUCCUCGCUACCCGAAGCCUCAGACUGAAGGCUACUUCGUUCUCGUAUCGGACACCGCAACGGGAGAGAUCGUGGGGCUGAAGAGAGUUGGGUGGUCUUCGCCGCAGAAUUCUGGUGGGAGAGCGGGAGGAUCAGCGAGGACGAGUGCGAGGGCGACGAUCAAACUGCCGCCUGCGGAUAAGGAAAGGACGCUUAAGGUGGAGGUGCUGAGUGAUAGCUAUAUUGGGAUGGAGUGGCAGGUUGGGGAGGUGGAGGUUCCGGCGACGGUUGUGGUGCAGCAUGUUGUUGAUGAUGGGUUGGGGAAGAAGAAGAAUGCGGAUUAGUUGGGAGGGUGGGUAAGGCAGGGUUGAUAGAGGAUGUUGAGCUUGAGAUGCAUCUAUCAGUCUUGC